AUGGAAGUAUCAAGGUAUUUUCUACCCGUCGCCAAUCCUGACGGAUAUGACUAUUCGCGCAAGGUCGAAAGAAUGUGGAGAAAAAAUCGGGCGUGGUACGGCGGCCAAUGUCACGGUGUAGAUCUCAACAGGAACUUCAGUGAAAAACAGAGGUGUUUCAUAAAAUCGCUGGACACUGUUGGGGCUAUCAACAUCUGGAAGGAAGAGCGCAGCUCGAUGGACAUUAUGGUGGAGGGUCCAAAGUCUGCUCAGGUCGCCGACCUCCUCCGCGACCGCUGCAUCCCAUACGCGGUGGCGAUAGGCGACGUUGGAAACCUUCUGGACCGAGAACAAGGAUGCCCAUCGAAACCGCAGAAAAGCAAACGCGGAGCGAACAAAACCGUGUGCAUGGACUGGAACAGUUAUCACCGUCUUAGUGUCAUUUAUGACUUCAUGGAUCAUCUGGCCGAGCAGUGGCCGUCGUUGUGUUCAAUGUUGAAAAUAUCCAACGGUAACUGCAAGAAUGUGGGCGUAUGGUUGGACGGGGGGAUACAUCCCCGCGAGUGGAUCAGCACGGCUGUGGUGGCUUACCUGGCGGACCAACUAGUCAGAACCUUCCACCAGCAACCCGAAUUCAUAACUAAUAAGGAUUGGUACAUUUUGCCUGUGGUAAACCCGGACGGCUAUGAAUACACGCACACCCAUGACCGUAUGUGGCGGAAGAAUAGAGCCCGUUACGGCGAGUGUUGCGGCGUGGACCUCAAUCGGAAUUUUAGCUGCGGAUGGGGUGAACGCGGUGAAGAGGGAUCUUCCGAAGAUCCAGGAAAUAUCUUUUACAGGGGACCCGCGCCAUUUUCGGAACCGGAAACUUGUGCUAUCCGGCAAGCUAUCUGUGGAUGCGGCAAAAAUUUCAAGGUGUUCCUGUCAUUUCAUAGCUAUGGUGAAGUGAUCAUAUUCCCUUGGGGUUACACAGCAGAUCCUUGUCCAGACUAUGUUCAAAUGCUGGAGGCGGGUACAGCAAUGGCUAAGGCUAUUCAAGCAGCCAGUGGACAUACGUAUAAAGUUGGCAGCACGAAGGAUCUUAUGUAUUACGCAUCCGGUACGAGCACCGACUGGAGCUACGCAGUUGCCAACAUACCUUACUCCUACAUGGUCGAGCUACGGGGCAAAAGACAUCGAUUCCUGCUACCCAAGGAGGAGAUAAUAUGCACAGCUCUCGAGGUGCUUUGCGGUGUCAUGAAACUGAUGGAGUACGUCGACAGACGCUGCAGAAUCCCCUGCAAACUGAGCACCCAGAGUUGCCGGAAACCUGGCCCACCAAGGGCCCACACCUGCCGAAUGCCCAGGUCUCAUUCCUGCCAUAGCUCAAGGUCCUGCCGUUCUUCGCGAUCGCCUUCCUGCAAAAGUAGCCGAUCCUAUUCUUGUCGUAGCUCAAGGUCACAAUCUGAACGCAGCUCCCACUCGCAAUGCUGCGAGAGUUCGCACUCAAACUGCCAAAAUCCUUCGGAGAAUCCCUGCAACUAUGCCUCU